AGCCACUUCCCUGCAGGCUGAGCAGAGCCCUGGAUGGAGCUUGGCACCCAAGCCCCUCAUGUCUGCCCUGCUGAGGCUGUGUUUUGUGCUGCCCCUGGUGGCCCCCGCCCACGGUGCGCAGCGUUGGGAGCCCUGCACAGACCUGCGCCCCCUGGACAUCCUGGCGGAAGUGGUCCCUUCUGAUGGCGCCACAAGUGGGAUCAGGAUAGUUCAGGUUCACGGUGCACGGGGACUCCAGCUCUCAGCAGCCGCCCCCCGCACCAUGAGCUUCCCUGCAUCCAGGAUUUUCUCCCGGUGUGACCUCUUCCCUGAAGAAUUUUCCAUCGUUGUAACUUUGAGAGUUCCCAGUCUUCCACCCAAGAGGAACGAGUACCUGCUGACGGUGGUGGCAGAGGAGAGCGACCUGCUGCUGCUCGGCCUGCGGUUCUCACCUGCCCAGCUGCACUUCCUGUUCCUUCGCGAGGACACGGCCGGCGCCUGGCAGACCCGAGUGUCCUUCCGCAGCCCGGCCCUGGUGGACAGCCGCUGGCACACACUGGUCCUGGCUGUGUCCGCAGGCGUCUUCUCCCUCACCACGGACUGCGGCCUCCCGGUGGACAUAAUGGCCGACGUGCCCUUCCCAGCCACCCUAUCGGUGAAAGGAGCUCGAUUCUUCGUUGGCAACAGGAGGAGAGCCAAAGGCCUGUUCACGGGCCUGGUGAGGCAACUGGUCCUGCUGCCGGGCUCAGACGCCACCCCAAGGCUGUGUCCCAGCAGGAACGCCCCGCUGGCGGUGCUGUCCAUCCCACGGGUCCUGCAGGCUCUCACGGGGAAGCCAGAAGAUAACGAGGUGCUAAAAUAUCCCUAUGAAACCAACAUUCGAGUGACGCUGGGACCCCAGCCACCGUGUACCGAGGUGGAAGAUGCCCAGUUCUGGUUUGAUGCUAGCCGGAAGGGGCUGUACCUGUGUGUUGGCAACGAGUGGGUCUCCGUGUUAGCAGCCAAAGAAAGACUGGACUACGUGGAGGAGCAUCAGAACUUGUUCACCAACUCAGAGACCCUGGGCAUUGAGGUGUUCCGCAUCCCUCAGGUGGGGCUCUUUGUGGCCACAGCCAAUCGCAAAGCCACAUCUGCCGUCUACAAGUGGACCGAAGAGAAGUUCGUCUCAUAUCAGAACAUCCCCACGCACCAAGCACAGGCCUGGAGGCAUUUCACCAUUGGGAAAAAGAUUUUCCUGGCAGUGGCUAAUUUUGAACCAGAUGAAAAGGGUCAGGAGUUCUCUGUCAUUUACAAAUGGAGCCACAGAAAGCUGAAGUUUACCCCAUAUCAGAGCAUUGCCACACACAGCGCCCGAGACUGGGAGGCCUUCGAGGUGGAUGGGGAGCACUUCCUGGCGGUGGCCAACCACCGGGAAGGCGACAACCACAACAUCGACAGUGUCAUCUACAAGUGGAACCCGGCAACCCGGCUCUUCGAGGCCAACCAGACCAUUGCCACCUCCGGCGCCUACGACUGGGAGUUCUUCAGUGUGGGGCCCUACUCGUUCCUGGUGGUGGCGAACACCUUCAACGGCACCUCCACGAAGGUGCACUCACACCUCUACAUCCGACUCCUGGGCUCCUUCCAGCUCUUCCAGUCCUUCCCGACGUUCGGUGCUGCAGACUGGGAGGUCUUCCAGAUCGGGGAGAGGAUCUUCCUCGCUGUGGCGAACAGUCACAGCUACGAUGUGGAGAUGCAAGUCCAGAAUGAUUCCUACGUCAUCAACUCCGUCAUCUACGAGCUGAACGUGACCGCGCAGGCCUUUGUCAAGUUCCAGGACAUUCCCACCUGCAGUGCUCUGGACUGGGAGUUUUUCUCGGUGGGAGAAGAUUAUUUCCUGGUGGUCGCUAACUCCUUCGAUGGGCGCACCUUCUCGGUGAACAGUAUUAUUUACAGGUGGCAGGGCUACGAGGGCUUCGUGGCGGUGCACAGCCUCCCCACUGUCGGCUGCAGGGACUGGGAGGCCUUCAGCACCACGGCUGGCGCCUACCUCAUGUACUCCAGUGCCAAGGAGCCCCUCUCCAGGGUCCUGCGGCUGAGGACGCGCUGAGGCUGCGGCUGUCCGGGAGCCAGGCGGGGCGGGACCCCAGCACCUCCCCCAAGUGGCCCUGGACGUCCAGGUGGGCCAAGCCUAGGGCAUCCCGUGCCUGGGCAUCAGGCAGGGUGCAGAUGGGGCCAUCUGUGGCCCUGGUUCGGGUAGGGACAUCCAUCCACCUCUGGGUCCUUCUGAGCCACAGCCCCAGUAACGGUCUGGGUCUUGCAGGCGGAGGCCCAGAGCCCCUGCCAGUGCUCGCCCAUCUGAGUGUCAAGCGGGGAUUUUGCUGUCAAGGAACUGUUUCUAUAAAUUUUUACCUCAAACAACAGGACCUCAGCUCGUGUCCCCGCGGCUGACCUCUCGCCAGCCACUCCUGCAGUGUGCGUCCGGCCGCCUGAGCAGGCGUGGUGCCGUCCCGCCAUUGCCGCCACCUAUUUAUUGUGUUUUAUCUGAACGGAACUGUAUUUAUACUGCUCUUUACAAAAGCACCGGUGCUCCUCUCUCGGCAGCGGGUGGGCACAGCCCCUCACCACGGACACGGACAGAGGACCACCUCCCCAUACAGGGAGAGGCUUCCCUCCCAGCCUCAGUUUACCCAUAAAUGCACUGGCACAAGGUCAGAAAUCAUAAGCCUGGGCAUGGCCUGGGUCGCACUCCCUCCCCACGGCCCCACCCACAGGGACCUCAACUUCUGGGCCCGGGAUGUUUUCCCUAUUCAGCAGCAUUUUAAUCACAUGUCCUCCAGCUGACUGGGACUCAGGCUGCGUGCCUCCGUCUGCCUGUGUGCUGGCUGUCCUAGCUCCCUGGUAACAGCAUCCUCUGCUGGCUCUCCUGUGGUCAUCUUGUCUCUGCAGCUGGGAGAGCUGCUUGUCCGUCCGUCACAGGCAGUGAGGAUGAGAGGGGGUGAUGGGCGCAGGGCCCCGGGGCUCCUCCCUCUUAACCCAUGUGGGUGCCAGAGAAACCACCCCCACUCCAUGAGAAGAGGCUCAGACAGCAGGCUCCGGGGCCACACAGCCCAGACCGCACCUGCCAGGGUCUUCCAGGAACGGUGCUCCUGCUUCUGCAACACAAAUCGGAACAGGAGCGAUCCUCAGAGAGUUUACAAUGUGCUUUUUCCGCCAAUCAGAACUGUGGACAAAACUUCCUGUUUCCUACACUGCAGCUGUCCGUUCACCUUCAGCUCAGAGAGCACUCCUGACCUUUCGUAAUGAAAUGGAAGCCUCCCCUUGUCUGGCAAAUAACAAACUCAGUGUCUACUUUUGCCGGCUUUGGGACCUUUGUGUUUUUCUGGGGCUCAGGUCUCACUCCAGCCAUCGCUGUGGCCAGUGGAGAGCCACUCCCCUCUGGGGGCAGUCGCUGAGAGCCUCCUUCCCUUCCAUCCAGCCAGCAAGGCUUUCCCAAGCGUCCUGGGCAGGGGGUUCGGACCCUGCUUUCCACCAAGUCACUCAGAAAUCCCAGUCACACAUGAUUGGCCUCAUUGGGUCAGCACUUGUGAAAGGAAGAUAAAAACUCGAGACCCCAAUUCACUCAACCAAGAAGAAAAAAGCUGAAAGCUGAGUCCUGCAGGAAGCUGCCUUUCCCUUUGCCCUAAGCAGACAGCUACAGAUGAAAGGGUCAGCAUCUCCACUAGCGGCUGCUCUGUGUGCACCUUAUCUCAUGGAAAGUGCCGAUUUACUGAGCACGAGAUAAACAGGUAACUGACUGUUCCCACCUGCUCCUUUUCUCCUGCAGCACGGGGCAAUCAGUCAUGUGACCACACCCUCCUCCCUCUGCCCCCUCCAGCCGGCUUUUCCCCUUGACUGAAGCCCUCAACAUCAUCUUGGGAGAGAGGCCAGACCUGUCUCCUGGGUGUGUCCUUAGCCUUGGCAAAAUAAACUUCUCAAUUGAUCGA